UAAUAACUAUGGCCGCCUUGGGUUUCUCUUCUACCCUAAACCUCUUUCCCUUUCCCUUUCUCUUUCUCUUCCUCUUCCUCCUCUUCUUCUCUCUCUAAACCACUCUCCAAAUUGCGUUGCGCGCCGUUUUGGGGUGAGGCUCCAUGGUCGAAACCUACAGGGUAAGGUCCGUCGAUUGGAGACCUUCGCCGGUUGUGGCACUAGCCACAACCAUCGACGGCGCCCGAGUUGCCGCGGCUCGCCAAGAUGGCUCGCUUGAAAUCUGGCUGGUUUCUCCCGGCGCCAUCGGCUGGCACUGUCAGCUGACUAUUCACGGAAGCCCUAACGGAAGAGUGACGUCGCUUGUUUGGUGCCCUGGCGGCGUCGACGGAAGCCGUUUGUUUUCGUCCAACGUCGAUGGAACGGUUUCUAGGUGGGAUCUUUUCAACUUGAAGCAGGAGACAGUGCUGAAAUCUGAAGUCUCAAUCUGGCAAAUGGCGAUGAAGUUUCCUGUAGAUGACAAGGUAAAUGAUGAGAGUAAGGAUGGACGUAUGGGGAUGGUGACCGAAAAUGGGAACGGUUUCCAUGAUUUUGGUGAACAUGAGAGCAGUGAUAGUGAUGAUGAUUCUCAUUCGCCUGGUCCUCUUGAGCGUUCUUAUCGGGAGCUUCCACGCGUGGCGAUUGGUUUUAAUGAUGGAAGAUUGAGAAUCUAUGAAAUCUCUGACACUGAUGAAUUUAUUCUUGUAAAAUCUUUCCCCCUGGUCACAGGACGAGUUUUAAGUGUGACUUGGAGUGCCGAUGCUAACUACAUAUAUUCAGGAAGCAGUGAUGGUUUGAUUCGUUGCUGGAAUGCUACAUUGGGCAAUGAAGUCUACAGGAUUACAGCUGGACUUGGAGGGUUGGGCAGUGGGCAAGAACUUUGCAUAUGGUCAUUACUGUCUUUAAGGAAUGGUACACUUGUCAGUGCGGACAGCAGUGGUAGUGUCCAGUUUUGGGACAGCCAACAUGGAACCCUCUUGCAAGCACAUUCUUUACAUAAGGGACAUGUAUUUGCUCUGGCUGCAGCUCCUACUCAUAAUAGGGUGUUUUCAGCUGGUUCUGAUGGUCAGGUUAUUCUUUACAAGCUUUCUGAUAGUCAGGCAGCAUCAGCUGAUGAUGUCAACUAUUCUUCUAUGACGAAGAGAUGGAUCUAUAUUCACCAUGUAAGGUCUCAUACACACGACAUCAGGGCCCUUUCUGUUGCUGUACCGAUAAGUCCUGAAGGUGAUAUUAACCCUGAAAUUAACCCAGAGAAGAGGAUUAAGAGAAGUCGAGGUGCCAGGAAGCCCACUGAUUUUAGUUACCAUAAGUGGGCUCAUUUGGGCGUUCCCAUGCUUAUAUCAGCAGGGGAUGACACAAAACUUUUUGCCUACCCAGUCAAAGAAUUCACCCAGUUCCCUCCUCACGACAUCUGUCCGGCACCCCAAAGGACACCCAUUCAACUAGUGCUCAAUUCUAUUUUUAAUCAAUCCAAAAUGCUUUUAGUCCAAUCAUCAAAGCACAUAGAUGUUCAUUUGCUACCGCUUAAAAAUGUUUCCACCCCUGGGGGCCUUACAAAGACCGAAAUAGUUGCUCGAGUCAAGAGUAAGGCAUCUCGAAAGAUAAUUUGCAGCACCAUUUCUAAUUCAGGGGCGCUCUUUGCAUACUCUGAUCAUAAAAGGCCUAGUCUUUUGGAACUGAGAAGGUGUGAAGUGGGAAAAAUCACAUGGAAUGUUGAUAGAAGGGAGCUUCCUCAGAGAUUACCAUUUGCCCACUCUAUGGUUUUUUCUCACGACUCUUCCAAGUUGAUAGUAGCAGGUUGCGACAGAAGGAUAUAUGUUGUGGAUGUUGUGAAGUCUGAGUUAGUGCAUACUUUUACCCCCCGUCGUGAGUCUCAGGAUGAGGAUUUGCCUCCAACUGAGCCACCAAUAACGAGAUUGUUUUCUAGUUCUGAUGGGCAAUGGUUGGCAGCUGUGAACUGUUUUGGGGAUAUAUAUGUAUUUAACCUGGAGAUACAAAGCCAGCACUGGUUCAUUUCAAGAUUAGAUGGCGCCUCUGUUACAGCUGGUGGAUUUCCACCCCAGAAUGACAACGUUUUGAUAGUUACAACAUCAUCAAAUCAAGUGUAUGCACUUGACGUAGAGGCCAAGCAGUUAGGGGAAUGGUCAAAACGACAUACUUUUGCUCUUCCUAGGAGAUAUCAGGAAUUUCCUGGUGAAGUUAUUGGGCUUUCAUUCCCUCCAGCAGAAGCUUCAUCUUCUCCAUCGGCAAUAUCAUCUUCGGUUGUUGUCUACAGCUCCAGGGCAAUGUGCUUGAUUGACUUUGGUUUGCCUGUGGAGCAAGAUGAAGGUGAUAUGCUUAACACACAAGAUUCAAGGGCUGGGAAUUUACAAUAUUUUAGUGUUAAGAAGGGGACUAAGAGGAAGUUUGAAGUUUUACCAAUAGAUAAGCCUGUUAGGAGGAACUUUCAAGUUCUACCAUUAGAGAAUCCUGUUUUAUUUUUAGCUCAUACGUCAAAAAAUUCCUUAUUUAUAGUAGACAAACCAUGGUUGCAAGUGGUCAAGAGUUUAGAAGCCCCACCGGUCCACAGACAUAUAUAUGGGACAUGAGCUUUAAGCAACUUAGAGAAUUGUUCUCAGCUUUGAGGGGAUAUGAUGGGGAUAAAAGUCCCUUGUUUUUCUUUUUUGUCUCUUCAUGGUUGGGAGGAUCUAGAAUCGUGUAUUGUGUUAUCAUAAUCAAUUUUGUUCCAUUAGUAAUAGCUUCAAUUUACAUUUUUUUAUCUACACAAUUUCUGUACUUUUACUCUUGAUCAAUUCCCAGAUUAAUUUUGGCUGC